UCACUGAAGGAGAUUUAUCGCACACUGAAACCCGGUGGUACCUUUAUGAUGCUCGAAGGUGAUGGUACUGGAAAUGUGUAUACAGACAAAAUUAAAUUUGGUUAUAACGCCAUUUUCGGUUACGCCGUUUCCGUGCUUGCGUGCCUUCAGUUUGGCAGUCAAUCUGAAGAUGCUCUAUGUUUGGGUACAAUGUGGGGAUCUGAAAGAGGAGUGAGAAUGCUUCGCGAAUGUGGCUUCGACGAUGUGAAAAUUGCUGAAACACCAUUUCUCGAUAUGGAAAUCCUCUAUAUCUGUCAUAAAUGA